UGAGAUGUGCCUUUGCUGGUAAACAGAAAGCAGUAGCAGCAGCAGCAGCGACUGGCGCGUCUUCCGCCCUCCUCCUCCUCCUCCUCUUCUUCAUCUUCGCUACGGCACUACGGAUUACCGCUGGACCUGACCUGACCUCGCGGCGGGAGUCUCUUUUGUAUUUAUUUCCUUGGCAGAGAGAAGACCCCAAAGGAAGUGACGAAUAUUCUACUGGUGAAUGCAACCCACUGGCAGUGGCUGGCAGGCAGGCAGGCAGGGUGCAGCACUGGGACAUGCCGCUGUUCUUCAGGAAGAAGAAGCCAAGUGAGGAUGCAAAGAAGAGGCUGGAAUAUCAGCUGUGCCUGGCCAGGGAGGCGGGUGCUGACGACAUUUUGGACAUUUCUGCCUGUGAGCUCACAGAGAUUCCUGCCAGCGCUUUCUCCACGUGUAAGGUGUUGCAGAAGAAGGUCUUCAUCGUUCACGACAAUCAGCUGAGAAGCUUAGUGCCGCGGAACUGCAGCAUUACAGAUCUGUCAACGCUGAAGGUCCUGGAUGUUCAUGGAAACAGCCUGACGUCGCUGCCAGAUGACAUCGGACAGCUGCGCUCUUUGCAGAUCCUGAACCUCGAGAAGAAUCGACUGCAGAACCUCCCGGAGUCCAUUGGGGAGCUCGGCCAACUGCAGACUCUUAACGUCCGAGGAAACUGCCUGUGCCAGCUGAGGCCUGCUCUGGGUCGUCUGGGCAGCCUGCGCAGUCUUGACGUCAGUGAAAAUGGAGUGAGGGAGCUGCCCGUGGAGUUGGGCCACAUCCGGACCUUGGAGACUUUGACUUUGGACGCGACUCUCAUGGCCUUCCCGCCGGCUGGCGUCUGCUCUGGUGGCACUGAGAGCAUUCAGCGGUUCUUGUGUGCAGAGCUGGGCACCGAGUACUGCCCCCCGUCCCAGUACCUGCUGCCUGUGUUAGAGAACGAGGAGGUGGACCCAAAGGAGGACAUUGACAGAUGGAACAGACAAGUUCAGGACCAAGUGGAUGCUGGUUGGCAGAACAAAUUCCAGGCCUACGAGAAGAAGAAGGAGCAGAAGACGCAGGAGAAACUGGAAUUUGAGCGACGGCUGGGGGAAGAGCAGAGGGAGCAGGCGCAACUCGUUCUGCUGAGCAGCUCGCAUAAAGAAGACAUGCUGGAGUCCAUCAAGCAGGAACAGCAGCGGCUGGAGGAUGGAGUGUCACAACAGCAGAGGGCGCUGCAGGUGGAGCGGCAGAGGUUACUGGAGCAGCUCAGACUGGCAGAGGAGGGCAUCAGUGAGAGAAUUGAGCUGCUGCUGCUGGAGGGUCAGAGGCAGAAAGAAGAGUCGCCGCUCUUUCAGGACUUGGAAAAUGAGAGGUUGCGACUUGAGAGGUUGAUGGCAAUCACGCAGGAGGAGGCCGAGUCACUGCGCAGAAAGGAGGUGGCAGCGGCCAUGCAGCAGAUGCUGUCUGAAAGUUAUUCCAUCCAACUCAUCCAGGAGGCGUGCGAGUCCCGUCGGCAGAGGCUCGUCUCCGAGACUUACUCCAGCAUGGAGCAGUUGGACAAGAAUUUUGAGCGCGUGCUGUCCCUGCAGCACCUCGAUCAAAGCCGAGCCAUCAGUCGCAUCCUGCAGGAGGCAGAAAUGCAGAAGGUGGCAUUUGAAGCGCUGCAGCUUCAGCGAGACGGGGCACACAGAUACAUCAGGAGGCAGAUUAGACUAAUUGAGUCGGAAUUAAUGCAGCUGACAAGGCUGGAGGUAAAGAGACGUGAUCUGGACGCGGAGACCCUGCAGGAAGUCCUGUCGGAGCAGCGGCGCGCCCUGAGUGACCUGCUGCAGCAGCUGCUGAAACAGAAAGACCAGCGCGAGGGCGAGCUGCGGGACAUCCUGGUGGAGAUGCAGCUGAAGAGCGAAGCUGCCCAGGAGAACUUCUGGCUGAUUCAGUACCAGAGGCUGCUGGACUCCAAGCCGCUGUCCCUGCAGGUCCAGGAGGCCGGCCUUCCCCAGGAGUUGGUCGACUUGCUCCGCCAACUUUCUGCUCAGCAGUAUUUGCCCAUUCUGGCCCACCACAGAGUGACGCAGGAGAGCCUGCGUGGCAUGACACCUGCUGACCUCCUUAAGCUGGGUAUCGUCGAGGUAGGAGUUCAGCACUCCCUGCUGGCAUGGGCACGUGCCCUUCCAUCAUCUCCACUUGCAGAGCGCGUCAAGCCUGAAGAAGUCCCCACUCCAGCACCCAGUGCCCCGUCGCUCCCACUGACGCCUCCCAGUGCCCAGGACAAACGGCACACAGAAGCCGAACACAUGGAGUGUGUGGUGUGCAUGGAGAACGAGUCUCAGGUUGUCUUCCUCCCGUGUGGACACAUCUGCUGCUGCCUGCCGUGCAGUGAGGUGCUGCGAAGCUGCCCGCUGUGCCGUAGUGACAUCGCCCAGCACAUCCGCAUCUACCGCCUGUAAGCAGGGGUGCCCGUCCAGCCCCCUCCAUCUGAACAUGCACUGCACUUUAUAUGGUCUGGACUGGGGCACCCCCUGCCUUAAAACUGGAUGCUCAGGUCUAAUGGUGUCUGGGGGGCACCGAGUCCGCGUCUGCAUGAACGGGGCGAUGGGGGCCAGCAUGCGUGUGCCAGCGCCCGGACACGAGUCCUCGAGCGGACAAAUAAAAGCUGCUUUGCUGCUGAACCUCA